AGUGUCUAUGUUGGUCAGCGGGUGAUCUUCAUUCCGUAUUCGUUGAUGAAAAUCAAUCCUGCAUCGUGGAUGCUGAUGGUUACCAGGUACCAAGCCAAAACAGCUUUGGUAAAGUCGCGUGAUUUACACUGGGGUUUAUUGGCGACUCGUGACCAUAAGGAUAUCAAUUUGUCCACGCUGCGCUCGAUUCUGGUUGCCGAUGGUGCGAAUCCGUGGUCACUGUCAUCCUGCGAUCAGUUUACUUCCGUGUUUCAGUCGCGUGGCCUACGAUCCGAUCUAGUGCGUAGGUUGGUACAUCUAUUCGCAUUUUAUAGGCCGUCGUCCACCGAUGAAUGUUUGCGGAAUUCUGGUCGUGGUGUUCUCUCGAUGUCUGCUUUGAGCCAUUUAGUAGUUCGUGUGGACCAGGAGAAUUCCUUGACAUCUUUAACACUGCAGGAUGCUGGCCAGGUCGUUCCAGGCGGAGUAGCUGUUGUUGUGAAGCUUUCCGGUCCACCGAGAUUAUGUAAAGCGGACGAAAUUGGUGAAAUCUGUUUGUAUGCACAUAGUACAGGCUCGGCAUAUUGGGGUCUGGACGGGUUGUCGGCUAGCACUUUCAAGGUAGAACCGUUGGGAAUCGACGAUAAACCGCUUGGACCAAUACCGUAUGUUCGUAGCGGAUUACUGGGAUUUCUAGGACCGAAUGGACUGGUAUUUAUUGUGGGCAACCGCAAUUCGCAGAUGUAUGUCUCUGGUCGCCAGCAUAGUGCGGAUGAUCUCAUUGCCACGGUGCUUGCGGUGGAACCCAUGAAAUUCAUUUACAGAGGACGCAUAGCAGUGUUCUCGGUGAAUGUUCUGCGCGAUGAGCGGAUAUGCAUUGUGGCCGAGCAAAAACCGGGCGUCACCGAAGAGGAUUCUUUCAGUUGGAUGAGUCGUGUGCUGCAGGCAAUCGACAGUAUACAUCAAGUUGGAAUUUAUUGCCUAGCGCUUGUGCCUUCGAAUCAGUUACCGAAGACUCCGUUGGGUGGUAUCCAUGUGUCCGAAACGAGACAACGAUUUAUCGAUGGCACGUUACAUCCGAGCACACUUUUAAUGUGCCCUCACAGCUGCGUGAUCAAUCUACCGAAACCGCGGGAGCAGCAGUCUGACGUUGGCCCGGCGGCCAUGUUUGUUGGCAACAUCGUGCAAGGAGUGCGAAUUGCUGCCGCAAAAGGGCGACAGAUUUGUGCUGAUGAUGAAAAGGUAUCGAGUCUGAUGGAAGUUUUGCGGCAACGUUCACAGACCUCGCCUGAUCAUGUUCUUUUUACGCUGAUGAAUUCACGUGGAGCGGAAGCGGAAAGUAUAACAUGCGCGCAGCUGUUGAAAAGAGCGGAACGGAUCGGUUCGAUGCUUAUGGAAAAGGGUCGUCUGAAUCCCGGGGAGCACGUUGCUUUGAUUUUUCCGCCGGGCAUCGAUUUGAUUGCUGCGUUUUACGGAUGUCAAGCAGCAGGAUUAGUGCCCGUAUGCAUUCGGCCGCCGCACCCACACAAUCUCCAAACAACACUUCCGACCGUGCGAAUGAUUGUGGAUGUUUCGAAAGCAGUUGCUGUGAUCUCAACUUCAGCUUUAAUCAAAUUGCUCAAAUGCAAGGAAGCUUCAUUAAGGAUCGACGCAAAGGCAUGGCCAACAAUAUUGGACAUCGAUGAUGUCUCUUCCCUUGGCAGGAAAAAAUGGGAGCCAGAACAGAUUGACUGGAGACCUUCCAGUGUUUGCUACUUGGUAAGUUAUGAUGUGCCCAAUGAAGAUUUCUCGGUGAGCACAACGGGACAGUUAGCGGGUAUUGUUAUCAGUAUUGCGGAAGCGGCGGCAUUGUGUAGGAGUUUGAAGAUAGCAUGUGAGCUUUAUCCCUCUCGCCAUAUCACAUUAUGCCUUGAUCCGUAUUGCGGCUUGGGACUGACACUUUGGUGCAUUUCUGGUGUUCGAACGUGCGUUGUGGUUGCGGAGGAACGACCACGAGUGGUUCUUUGCACAGCAUUCUCGAAGCUCUUUGCACCGCUGGGUCUCAAUUCGCGUGCAGUGUCCACCUCAUUUGGAUGUCGAGUGAAUACAGCGAUUUGUAUGCAGGGUGCCGCAAGCCCGGAUCCGACAACAGUUUUUGUGGAUGCACGAGCGUUACGUAACGAUCGCGUAACACUUGUUGAAAAGGGCGCGCCGCACAGCAUCGCUUUAAUGGAAAGUGGAAAGGUUCAUUGA